GUUUGUAAUUUUUCGGUUAUAUUUUAUCUGUGAACAUUAUAUUGAGUGACGAACAAUCAUGGAUUCAAAUGGCACAUUUUCCAGAAAUGAUGAUCAGAACGGUGAGCCUAUGGCUAGUUCAUCUACUACACCGCCGCAAAAUAGCACAACGCGACGCGCGCAACCUUUCGUUAUACCAAAUGAGGGCACUUAUCUAAAACCUGCAGCGAAACAGGCCUACUUCAGUGAUGAAAAGGUGCUCAUUCCACAAGUAGAUGAGGCUGGCUUCAGUUUUCGCAAAUUAUGGGCAUUCACUGGUCCUGGGUUUCUCAUGUCUAUAGCCUAUCUCGAUCCGGGUAACAUAGAAUCGGAUUUACAAAGUGGCGCCGCAGCAAAAUAUAAAAUCUUAUGGGUGCUUUUAUGGGCUACAGUGUUGGGUUUGCUGAUGCAGCGCUUAGCGGCGAGAUUGGGUGUUGUGACGGGUCUGCAUUUGGCGGAGAUGUGCUAUCGGCAGUAUAGGAAAUUUCCCCGUAUUAUACUAUGGAUAAUGAUUGAAAUAGCCAUUAUCGGUUCGGAUAUGCAGGAAGUGAUUGGCACAGCCAUAGCCAUAUAUCUGCUGUCGAAUAAAAUCGUACCGCUAUGGGGUGGAGUGUUAAUAACAAUUGUUGAUACGUUUACGUUUUUAUUUUUGGAUAAAUAUGGUUUAAGAAAACUGGAAUUUCUCUUCGGUUUUCUGAUCACUGUGAUGGCGGUUACUUUUGGUUAUGAGUACAUCGUCUCAGCGCCCAGUCAAUCUGAGGUUAUGAUAGGUAUGUUUGUGCCAUGGUGUAAGGAUUGCAAUGCCAAUGUCCUACUGCAGGCGGUAGGCAUUGUCGGUGCUGUGAUAAUGCCCCACAAUCUAUACCUGCAUUCGGCCUUAGUCAAAUCACGUGAUAUCGAUCGCCGUCAACCGAAAAGAGUGAGCGAGGCGAAUUUCUACUUCUUCAUUGAGGCGUCAGUCGCGCUGUUUGUAUCCUUUAUUAUAAAUCUUUUUGUUGUGGCGGUCUUUGCCCAUGGCAUGUAUGGUAAAACCAAUCAGGACGUGCUUGAUGUCUGCGUUAAUCAAAGCAUGUACGAGGAUGCGAAAGCUUCGUUUGCGGAUAAUAAUAAUAACACAGAUCUCAUUGAUGCUGAUAUCUACAAAGGUGGCCUAUUCUUGGGUUGCACUUUCGGCGCAGUGGCAAUGUAUAUUUGGGGUGUUGGCAUUUUGGCGGCAGGUCAGAGUUCCACCAUGACUGGCACAUAUGCGGGACAGUUUUCAAUGGAAGGGUUCUUGAAUCUGCAAUGGCCACGUUGGCGACGUGUACUUUUUACGAGGCUAAUUGCAAUUAUACCCACUUUCUGUUUGGCAUUCUUCACUCGCAUGGAGGACUUGACACAUCUCAAUGAUAUACUGAACGCUGUGAUGUCGUUGCAAUUGCCUUUUGCUGCUAUACCAACGAUAGCAUUCACCUCAUGUGCGGCCAUAAUGGGUGAAUUUGUGAAUGGAAUCACCAACAAGGUCAUCUCUAUACUUUUAACAAUAGUCGUGAUAACGGUAAACAUCUACUUUGUUGUUGUACAAGUACAAACGGCGUCCUUGGAAGGUGGCUUUGUAGCAUUAGUUUGUAUAGUUGCCAUUUUAUAUUUGCUUUUUAACCUUUACCUUGUGAUACACAUGAUUGCGUGCAUGGGCAAUCGAAGGUUCGUGGAUAAUCGGUGGGUCCAGAGAUUUGUGCUACCCAGCCAGAACAGCUUUACGAUAAAGAACGUCAACUCAACCUAUGCAAGUGCCAUUUCAAUAGCAGUAGCUACUAGCAAGGCAAAAAAUCAGCCAUUGCCUAAGACAAUAUCGGAAAAGGUGUCCAAUUAACACAAGUUACUUACUACAUAUGUAUAUGCAUAUGUACAAAUAUGUAUGAAAGCUUGUAUAUAAUACAAACUGUUUACGUACAUUUACUCACUUAUUGCUUUGAUUAGUCUGCUGCAUUAAUCUAAGGAAUAUAUGUAUAAUUUGAUAAGCGUAGAAUGCGUGUAUUUACUGGCUUGCCUGCUUAAAAUAAAAUCCGUCAUAUGAAAUCUACAGGAUUUUUUUUCAAAAGUAUUAUUUAUCACAAUCCAUAAGUAAAAGUAGAUUGAUAUUUUGUAGAUAGAUACUCAAUUAACAACACUGUAAUUAAUUAUUUAAUGUUUACACACUCUUUAUUUAAUAACCAAAUACAGUUUUUAUGAGCAUAUAAUUAAAAAAAAUAAUUUGUUUAUAUUUAAACUUAAUAUAUUAUCCUGGUUAAGUUGCCCGCUUUUGUUUGUCGUGCAUCAGUUUAGCGCAUUCAUUCAUCUGCUGCUUGGUUGAUAUUAAAUGCUUCUGUAAAUAUCAGUGUGUGUAUUGUCAUUGCAAGCUUUGUCAUGUAAUCCAUAUUUAGUAAGUAAGUAGUUAAAGUCUUAAGUGAAUUCAUACCUAUAGAUUGUAUGAAGUGCUUUUUUAUAUACUUCCAUAAGUAUGUUAGUUGAUAUGAAAUAAAAUAAGUGUUGGUACUCUCAUAAGCUAACUCAUCCUUUCUGUAGAAAUAUUGUGGGCUGAUACAUAUAUACGUAUAUAAUUAAUUUGAAAACAAUCGUCUGACAAACAUUUUUGUAUUGUGAACAAUUGAUACACGCGAAGCAAAUUUGAUAAUUUCCAUGAGUACCUUUUCAUACAUAUAAGUACAUUAGGCUGCAUCAUCAAAAAAAGAUGCGGGCUUUCCUCCGGGAUUACAAAAUUUAUUAUUUAUUUGCAAAGAAAUAAAAGGCGUGAGAAAAUGCUUUUCGAAUAAUAUCUCGCAAGUCUAAAUCGGUAUAGUUUUGGCUGAGUUA